GCGAUUAGUCACGGUGUGACUAAUAUGAUAAAUCAAUUCAGGUGUCUAAAACUGCAGUCUUUUGCUCCUGGUAUCAUGUUCUAUGUGAAAUGACGCGUGUUUUAUUAUAACAUUGUCAUCAUUAUCGAAGCACUUAAAACACAGUUAUGACAAGAGUAAAGAAAAAAUAAGUUUCUGUUAUUAAAUAUAAAAUCAUUAAAUACUUUACCAAGAAACUUAUGAAAGAAGGUACUUAGUCUAGCUUAGUUAGUUUAACAUAGUCUAAAAAAAUAAUCAUGGAGUCUGAAGAUGAUGUUCAACCCCUGAUUUAUAAUGAAGUGGAGCUCCAGAGGCAGGGAAGACGUAGUGGUUCAUUUCUUGGUCUGACUACUCAGAUAUUGAACACGGACCCUGAUUUGGAACAGGUGGUAUACGGCUACCGCAAGAGCCGUUGGCGAACGCUGUUGAUUUACACGUUGUCGGUGUUUACGUGUGGCAUACCCUUUUUGCUCUUCCAUUGGUGCCCCACUUGGCAGGUCUACGCCAUGAGUGUGAGAUGCUGUUUUCAAAUGGCUGACCAGGUUUUGAUUAUUGAAACUUAUCAGAAGAAAUGCAAGAGUUAUUACACACAUAGAAUUAUGGACAAAAAUGUUGCUGAUACAAGUGGAUUGUUAAACGAGGGCUUCCAAGACGAGCAUUCUGAUAAAAAAGCGCCCAUAGACACUGUAGAUGACCUUCAUAUUCCAAUACAUUUGGAUGAUGGCACUACACUUAACGUACAAACAUACAGAUAUUUCCGUCACAAAAAACAAACUUUGAUCUGGGACAAUGGGCGUGCGCAGUGGCUUCUCCUGGCGGGCAUUGAGCAGGGCGCAACAUGUGCUCAGUUGUACGCCAUGGGGACGCGAGCGCCGUCCAGUGAAAGACGCGUGCGCAUGUUAAACGUAUACGGUCUAAACGAGAUCAAAGUGCCCGUACAUUCUAUAAUGACUUUAAUCCUGCUGGAAGUCUUCAACCCGUUCUACGUAUUCCAGCUGUUCACUGUAGCUGUAUGGCUGGCUGAGCCUUAUUACUAUUACUGCAUUGCUGUUGUACUUAUGUCGACUUUUGGUGUGACUACCUCCGUUAUACAGACGAAGAAGAACCAACGAAACCUCCGCGCAACGGUGGAAGCUUACGACACUGUUCAGCUGUGGGACGGUCGUACCGUGGACAGCCGCUCUAUUGCACCAGGAGAUAUUAUAAUACUACCGCAGCAUGGUUGCAUUAUGCAUUUCGACGCCGCUUUGCUUACAGGGGCAGCCAUUGUUAACGAGAGCAUGUUAACAGGCGAAUCAGUACCGGUGACAAAGACAUCUCUGCUCCAUAUAAAUAAGACCUUCGAUCUUAAGGAACACGCGUCCAGCGUUCUCUUCUGUGGCACCAAGGUCAUACAGACGCGGUACUACAAUAAUGAGCCUGUUAAAGCUUUGGUCCUUCGAACCGGCUACUACACGAGCAAAGGGCAACUCGUCCGCAGUAUUCUCUACCCAGUGCCUGCUGACUUCAAGUUUGACCGCGACUCGUACAAAUUUAUCAUAAUUCUCACUUUCAUCGCUGCUAUUGGACUCGCUUAUACCGUCGCUCUCAAGGCAUCCCGCUCUUUAAGUCCAGGCGAUAUUACACUAAAAGCCUUGGACAUAAUAACUAUAGUAAUACCGCCAGCUUUGCCCGCCGCCAUGACUGUGGGUCGACUGUACGCCGUGACGCGAUUAAAGAAAGCAAGAAUCGCUUGCUUAAAUACUCGCGCCGUCAAUGUUAGCGGAUCGUUGGAUUGUAUCUGUUUUGAUAAGACCGGCACCCUGACAGAAGACGGCCUCGACAUGUGGGGUGUAGUCCCCGUAAGUGUUGCGACGACCCCACCGCGUCUCGGGCGCGCCUUGAGGGACCCCAGUCAACUCAACGACCUGCACGACUUGAAGAUGGGGAUGGCCACGUGCCAUAGUUUGACAUUGCUCGAUGGAAUGCUGGCUGGAGAUCCUUUGGACCUUAAGGUGUCUCUACCAAACCUACCUGAUAACCUGAAUGAGGUGCUAGGUUCGUACGCGGAGAAGGGUUACCGCGUGAUUGCUAUAUCGACAAAGAUCAUGGAAGUAACCAUGAAGCAAAUGAAGAACAUGACUAGGGAUGAGGUGGAAAAGGACCUUGAGUUUUUAGGUUUGGUGAUAAUGGAGAACAGGCUAAAGGCAGCUACUACAGGGAUCAUCAGGGAGCUGAAGGAAGCGAACAUAAACGUCGUUAUGAUUACUGGUGACAACGUCCUCACAGCAAUUAGUGUAGCAAAAGAAUGUGGUAUCUUACUCAGCGGCGGACGAGUAGUACAACUACACGCAGAUACCAGCGGUGGUACACCAAUUAUCUACUGCCAGAGUGAGCUGCAAGGGACACCAAUAGGACGUCGCACGUUUCUACAGCGCGAGUGGCGAAGCGUUGACAGCGGGCGGGGCUCGUGGCAGGACUCCAGCGAGGGCAGGGGCUGUGAUGCUGAGGCAGCGAAGGGACCACCGCGGUACCAGACCGUUAUGACUGGAGACACGUGGCGAAUCCUUCGUGAGCAUUAUCCUAGCAUGAUACCACCUGUGAUAGAACGAGGGGCAGUAUUCGCACGUAUGUCGUCCGACCAGAAGCAACAACUGGUUGUUGAGUACCAGGCCCUUGGAUACUAUGUUGGCAUGUGUGGCGACGGCGCGAACGACUGCGGUGCUCUCCGGGCCGCGCAUACAGGCAUAUCACUCUCAGAACUUGAGAGCAGUGUUGCAGCCCCGUUCACAUCAACAAAUCCUGACAUAGUCUGUGUCUCUAGAGUAUUAAGGGAAGGCCGAGCCGCCCUCACCACCAGUUUUGGCGUAUUCAAAUUCAUGAUUGCAUAUUCGCUCACCGAAUUCUUUUCAGUCGCCUUUCUCUAUUAUUUUGAUUCGAAUUUGACAGAUUUCCAAUUUUUGUUCAUCGAUGUCGCUAUGAUUGUUAAUUUUGCAUUUUUCUUCGGUAUGACUGAAGCGUAUACUGGAAAAUUAUGUAAAAUACCACCAUUGACGUCACUGCUGGGUCUUGUACCGUUGUUUUCCUUAAUAGGACAGAUGCUUUUUAUUGGCAUAGCACAGUAUUUAAGUUACCUAGCAUUGACGUUUUUCCCGUGGUACGUAAGGCAUACUUACGAAGGAGAUGAAGCGAACCAAUGUUGGGAAAAUUACACUAUAUUUGCGGUAUCUAUGUUCCAGUAUAUAAUUCAAGCUAUCGUUUUUAGUCAUGGUGCCCCGUAUAGAAGAAGUGUAGUGACAAAUAAGCAACUCAUGGUCAGUUUUUUUAUAAUGACGGUUAUGUCUAUUUACAUAACUGUAAGCCCUGCUAAAUGGGUUGCCUCAUUUUUAGAAUUAGAAAUGCCUAAAGAUUCUCUAUUAAGUUAUACUAUAUUGGCUAUAGCGGCUUUCAAUUUUAUAAUAGCGUUAUUUUUUGAGAGAGUGAUUGUACAAUAUAUGAUGGAAAGUAAGGAGAUGGUGCCUAAGUGUUUGAAGGAGCAUAAAGUGCAAAAAACGCCACAUUUGUUAAUAAAAAGGCAGUUGACUGAUUUGGACUAUUUGGAAUGUGACGAUGUAGUGAAAUAUGAUAAGGAAACUAAUGGUACAGUUUCUGAUAAUAGUUCGGGAAUGUUUGCAUGAGGAUUCCACAGAAAUAAUUGAAUUACUACUAUGAUAUUCAAUUUUUUUUUGUGAAAUUGCUCCUCUAGUUUGUAAUAAUUAUUAAUACAAAGAUCGAUCGCUAAGAAAAAUUCCUCCGAUCCGGCUGGAUUCGAACCAGCUUCUUCAGCAUACCGAGCCGACGCUCUCCCAACUGAGCUUCGGAACGAACCACCAAACCUUACGAAAUUUUCUAAGAGCUUAUUGCAGAUUUUUUUUUAGUUUUUAACGACUUUUUUACCUUUUUAUUUGACUGUCGUUUUGGUUACAUACCCAAUUGGUCAGUACGGAGCUUCUUUUCGGAUGCUCGUAGUAACUAGUGGUCGUAAAAACUGUUGUUACUUAUUUACUCCGUCCAGCCGUUUAUUUAACUUUUGACAGCUCGAAUUCUAAUCCAUUAGUGAUGUCCUAAUGCGUUUCCGAUUCGAUUUGUUUAUAACAGUCGAUUUUAUUUAUGACGAAGUUUAAAU